AUGCCUAGAUCUCAGCGUACAGGUGACUUGAUUUACAACCCAGAAAUCGAAAAAGAAGCAAGGCGUUUGGCUAAGGAAAAACGAGUUGAACAUGGUCAAACUUAUAACCCCCACGGGGACCCGGAGGUUGAAACCGCUUCAUUAAGUGAUAUAGAACCCGAUUCUAGUCCCGACCCUCGCCAAGAAAUUCCCGAAUCACCACCCCUACAACAAAACCCACCCAUUAUUGAACCAAUUGCAAUGACGGACGGAGGAGAAGUUCCCGAAAGAACUUUGAGGCAAAUGAUGGAGACCGAUGUUACACAAACUCCAACCGUUACAUCUAUAAGAAAGUUGGAAUCCCGUGGUAAACUCCCUUCUCAAAUCGAAAAGAACCCAAAUGUCAAUGUGGUGACCUUGAGAAGUGGCAAACAAGCCGGAGAAAGUAGUUCAAAGAAGAAGCCAAGGGAAGAGGAAGAAAUAGAGAUCAUUCCCAUUGAAGAACCUACAGUCAAGAACGAUGCACAAGCUGGAGUUCCAAAGAAGUCUACCCCUCUAGUAACAUCAAUAGCCACUCAACCACCGUUCCCCUCCCGACUUGCCACUUCAGAUAAGAAUAUGGAGGAGAAAGAGAUUUUGGACACCUUCCGAAAGGUGGAAGUAAACAUCCCUCUACUUGAUGCGAUCAAGCAAAUUCCGAGAUAUGCAAAGAAACUUUCACCCAAAUGCAAAGAUCUCGGAAUGUUCACGGUUCCUUGCAAGAUUGGAGAUUUCACUUUUAGUAGUGCUAUGCUUGAUCUUGGUGCCUCUAUUAAUGUCAUGCUCUAUUCGGUGUAUGAAUCAUUGAAUGUCGGACCCUUAAGUGAAACCGGUGUCAUAAUCUCUCUUGCGGAUAAAUCAAGUGUCUUUCCUAGAGGCGUUUUGGAAGAUGUCCUAGUGCAAGUGAACCAAUUGGUCUUCCCGGCGGAUUUCUAUGUGAUUGAUCUAGAUGAGCAAGUGUCCUCCAAAUCGACUCUAAUCUUGCUUGGGAGACCGUUUUUGAAGACGGCUAGGAUGAAGAUCGAUGUGUAUGCGGGAAGUUUGACAAUGGAGUUUGAUGGUGAAACAAUAAGUUUUAAUAUUUAUGAUGCCAUGAGAUAUCCUAGUGAUGUUUCAUCUUUGUACUUUGUUGAUGUUGUCAAGCCAAUUACUCAAGAAUUGUUCGAGUUAUCUAACGGUGAUAUAUUGAAGAUGAUCUUAAGCAAAGGAUUCGAUUGUGGGAAGCUAGCCGAGCAAUUAAAGCUUUAUUCUUUGGAUCCGGAAGUUGAGAAGUUGGUAAAUAAAAUGGAGAUGAAGAAAUCCACAAGAUUAGAUGUCAAGCAAUUUGAAUUGCCCCCAACUCAUACAAAAUUGCCCCCAUCCCUUGUUCAACCACCCGAAUUGGAAUUGAAGGUCUUACCUCAACACUUGAAGUAUGCCUAUUUGGGAAAGAAUGAAACCCUUCCGGUUAUCAUUUCAACUCACUUAACCAAAUUUGAAGAAAAACAACUCGUCAAGGUGUUGAAGGAGCAUAAAGAAGCCAUGGGUUAG